CGCGAGCGCCCUCAGGCCCGCCGCUCCCAGGGGAGCCCGCCCGUCCCCGGUCCCCCGACACUGGUGUCUCCAGGGCACAGGGCCGGCGCCCGACGCCCUCCGUGCCAGCCCCCGCCCCCGCCCGCACCCCACCAGGCUCGGCCUAGGAAGAUUGUAUUUGAGGAUGAGCUACCCGCCCUGGCCCUCCUGGGUGCCAGGAAAUCUGAUGCAGCCGGGCCUGGGGAGCAGAAGCGCAGGCCUCGCCCUGUGCCCGACUACGAGCUUAAGUACCCACCGCUGAGUAGCCAGAGGGCUCGGAGCCGCUAUGUGGCUGUGUUCCAGGACCAGUAUGCAGAGCUCUGGAAGCUCCAGCGCGAGGUGGGCGCCACCCAGGCCAAGCUGCAGCAGCUGGAGUCCUUGCUGCGUUCCCUGCCUCCGCCCCGAGGCCAGGAGCAGGCCCAGGCAGCUGCCCGUGUCAGGCGUGAGCUGGAGAAGAAGCGCUCGGACCCGGGCUUCCUACACAAGCAGGCGCACUGUCACUACCUAAAGGGUAAACUGAGGCACCUCAAGACCCAAAUUCAGAAAUUUGAUGACCAUGCAGACAGCGAGGGCCCGGUGUACUUCUGAGCUUCCCUGACCUGGACACAGGAGGCUGUCA